CCCACCAACAAGCCACAACCAUUCAAUCACAAUUAUCUCCGCCGGUUAUCAAAAGAUGUUUGAGAUUAUUCAGGCGGCUAUCACCGGUGGGGCUGCACUAGCUCUCUUGGUACUCGCAGGUAUAACCCUUGGCGGCUCAGCCGUGGGAUUAGCCGUAACCACGCCGCUUUUUGUCAUUUUCAGUCCGAUUCUCGUGCCAGCAACUAUAGCCACCGCUUUGCUAGCUACGGGUUUCACGGCCUCCGGCUCCAUUGGUGCCAUGGCUAUUACCAUCUUCAUGUGGCUCUUCAAGAAAAUAACGGGGAAGAACCCGCCAAAAAUUCCAUUUUUGACCCCGAAAAAUCCAACUACGGAAGGGGGAGAAAAGGAGGAUAAAAAAAAGGAAAAAGAAAAAAAGGAUGAGUAGGCCCUUUCGUACUAUGGGAUGAUAUAUGGAGGAACUUGAUGAUACUUAGUUAUUUUGGGGUUGCUUAAAUAAAACCAAAGUUUAUCCAUUAUCUCUUUAAUUAAGUACUACGUACUGAUUAUAUGCGGAUGUCUGUUCUCUUGAUGUAUAUCGUGUUAGGAAAUUACAAUACAUGUACUCGAUUGUGGUGUAUAUUCUAAAAGAAUGAAGUGAUAUCAUUGAGAUUACCAUAGAUGAGUGUUAGCAAGUUGUAUUACUGAGUCAUUCGAAUAAAGCAAUUAAGCAAGCAUGCUUGUUUCUAACGUA